CGCCUCUUGGCUAACAGGCUAACGCAGCAUCUGGGUAGUGUUUGGUGCUCUGCAUCGCGUCGGAACAGAGAAAACAGAAACAUCUGUACAGAUGUGUGGUGAUCUUACUGCUGUAGACUGAAGAAUCCCACCCACGCUGCUCACCCAUCAUGUCCUGUGUCCUGCAGUAAUCACCUUUCGGCAAUACAGUGUGCUGCAUCAUUUUUAACUGCUUCCAAUAAGAUGGAAACAGAAGCGGCAGUUAUCCCCAUUUGGCAGAACAAACCCCAUGGCGCAACCCGAAGUGUGGUGCGGCGAAUCGGCUCCACACUGCCACUGAAACCUUGUCCUAGAGCAUGUUUCCAGGAACUGCCAGGUCUUUCUCCGCUGCGGCACAUGGACGGCCCGAUGGUGCCCACACUGGCCGACAUCGCCUGGAUUGCGGCUGAUGAGGAGGAGACCUUUGCAAGAGUGAGGAGCGACACACGUCCCUUCAGGCAGGAGUGGAGGCCGACUCCCCUGCUGGUGCUCCACAGAAACUCAUCAGUGCCCAACUUCAGGCGUGAGGGCAAACGGAUGGAGGGUCUGAGGAAGCCGGGUGUGACCGCGCUAAACCGCACCACUGCCCUGCAGGACGAGCUCAGCCGACUGCGGGCUCAGAUCGCCAAGAUCGUGGCCGGCGAGUCAGACUCAAACCCCAUCACCCCUGACCUGCUCUCUCCUGAUGACACCAGCAUGGGUUUCUCCAUGGCUCCUUUUGAGACAGCCAUGUACCAGCCGGUCGCCUCGGCCUCCUUCGUCAUUAGCGACGUCACUGAGGAGGACGAGGGGGAGGAAGAUGAAGACGAUGAGGCGGAGGUGUCAGAGCUGGCACCAGACCCCAUGCCGCCGGUCUCCAUGACUGCGUCUGCAACCUUUGAUCUUGAUCGCCCUACUAUGGACUUCCAGGAGGCAGAGGAAGAUACAGUCUCACUGUCCAAGUCCACGAGCUUUGCUGACGUCAAGGACAUUCUGAAGGACAUGAACCGCAUGAGGAUGUGCAAGGACAGGUAUUCUCGUGGAUGUACGUCAUUAAGGGAGGAAGACUCUGCAUCAUUGAUAUCUGAAGCUCUGAGGAAGAAGUUCACUCUGAGGGAAGACGACAUUGGUGUGAAGAAGUAGCGUGUCUCCUCUGUCCUCCCUCUUCCUCCAGCUCUCCAUGCCCGUGCCUGUGGAUUGUUGCCAUGGAGACCCCAUAACGCCCCAUCAGCAGCGAUGAAAAUUUUCCCCAGGCAAUCUGCCCAGCCUCCUUCUCCCCCCACCACGAUGCUAUGCUGCAGUGAUGAUACCUGAAGGGGAAGGACAAGCUGUCUUGCGUAGUUCUGCUGACCACCAAAACACUUAAAGAACACACACACACACACACACCGCUCUGUGGCUAAUAGGAGCAGGCAUGUGUGUGUGUGUGUCUGUGGAGUGUGUUGUGGAGAGUUGUGUGUUACAUUUACAGAACUUAUUUUCAUACUGUCAUUCAGACCGUUUACCCAUAAUACAGUGUGGUGUGUUGUUCUUGUUGGAAACCAGUCACUAUGCUAUUUUAUGUGGUUAAUUUGAACAGGAGAUAAAAAAGGAAUUACACAGAUUUUUUACUUUUUUUUGCAUUUCUCACAUUUUUUUCAGUCAGUCCUUCAGAGAGGGUUGAUGUAAAAUGGCUCAUCGUAGAAUUUUUUUUUUUACAGUGGUGGUGAUAGGAACCAGGGGUUGCCAUGUCUACGACACAAUUACAGGCAUUUUACUUACUACCAGUGACCCUAAACAUGUAUUUUGAGUUUUUAUAUGUUGAUAAUGCUAAAAUAGUCGUAAAUCCGUUUUCUUUGUGUACUAUUUUACAAUCCCACAUCCGGCGUGUACCUCUCCACCAUGAAUGGAUUUUAAAAAUACAUUUUAAACCAAAACAUUGUCAAAAACUGUCAUAAAACAAUGUCUUAUACAUCAGGCAGUGUAUUCCUA